UCCAUCUCUCGCUUGCAGCCGCUGAACGACAUCUUCAUUGAGUGGAUCUACGAAAUCGACUUGGACAAUCUCGUAUUCCAUGUUGACACCGUUCCCUUGUUUCGCCUCGACUGUAUGCCUUCUGCAGAUGAUUUCUGUAGAUUCAUCUCCUUUGAUCAUUAUGGUGGACGAGCCUAUGCUGAGCAGAUGCCAGAGCGCCACCGAUAUGAAGCCAACUGGAUCACGUCGCCACCAAAGAUCAGCGAUGAGCAAUUAGAGGCCUACAAGCGACUCGAGGCAACGGUAACGGUCAAGGAGGAUAUCGCCCCUCUUGCUAUGUCUGUCGUUUCGAGCACUCGGAUUCGUCUCUUGGAGGUCCUGGUAGGGAUGUUGAUGAAGAGAAGCAGCGAUACUCAUCGUUAUAUCAUCAAUCUUCGUAAUAUUCCCAGUCGCGAUUCCUUCAACAAAGCCAGCCUACAUACCCUCUGGAUCUUCGCCUGCACCGCUCUAUUACCACCCAAAUACGGGAAACAGUGGGAAGCAGUCCUCGCAGACUCUCAUUAUCCCGCCACAGUAUCUGAGAACGACUGCCUGGCAGUAUGGUUGCGUGAGAACCUAUGUGUGUUCACCUGGACACACCUGGACGAUGAAUCCAACCUGAAAGCAGCCGUCGCUGCCAUUACUGAGUGUAUGCGCUCAGAAUCCCGCGUUUCGGACACCUUCGGCGUCGUGUUUUCUCUCUUCCACUGCGUCAUCGUUCGACUAGAA